AGAAUGCAUUAUGUGGUGGCGCUACGAUCGCAAUUUACUUCCGGUUCUUUUCAGGUGGAUUUCGAAACAGUGUUUAGAUCUGUGAAAAAGCAACGCUAGUCAUACGUACCUUGUAUACAUUCACUCUGAAUUCAGAAUGGUAAGAAGUUUCACUUCAAGUGAUGAUGAAGAUGAAAUCAGAACGAAACGAAAACACCAAAAACGGUCUUACUCGAGGAGUCCUAAAAGGGAAUCUAAGCAUGGAAAAAAGAAAAAGAAAUCAAGAUUUGAUGAGUCGAGAUCAAUGAGUGGAAGUCCACCUCCAAAAAGGAAAAUAAAAACGGAACCAGAAUCUCCAGAGUAUGAUCAAGGGGAGAGAACUCAUAGCAGGAAGCAUCACAGACAUAGGGAGGAUCGAGAGAGAAGAAAAGAGGAACACAGACACAGAAAAGAAGAAAAAAUUCACCGUCGAAUAAAACAAGAACCUGACGAGGAUGCAAGAGGACACAGAAGAGAUCAUGAUCGUAUGAGAGAGCAAAGACAAGAGAGAGAGAGAAAUGAUGACAGGAGACGUGAGGCUAGGAGACAAAGGGGUAAUAAUCCAUUUAGAACAGAAGAUGAUGGUUUUGAGUAUGGGCAGCAGCAAGAACAAGCAGCUAAUAAUGAUGCACAGGAUAAAGAGCCAAACAACAAAGAUCAACCAGACUUUAAACUCUCAGGGAAACUAACAGAGGACACUAAUACAUAUCGUGGUGUAGUUAUAAAGUAUAACCAACCUCCUGAGGCCAGAAAGCCAAAGAAACGAUGGAGAUUGUAUCCCUUUAAGGGGGAUGAAGCCCUGCCUGUGUUACACAUUCAUAGAAUGAGUGCCUAUUUAAUGGGAAGAGACAGACUGGUUGUAGACAUUCCCACAGAUCAUCCUUCCUGCUCCAAACAGCAUGCUGUCCUUCAGUACAGACUUGUGAACUUUGAACGUGAAGACGGUACAACAGGUCGUAAGGUUGCUCCCUAUAUCAUAGAUCUUGACUCCUCCAAUGGCACCUAUGUGAAUAAUCAAAGGAUAGAUCCUCAGAGAUAUGUGGAAUUAUUUGAGAAAGACAUGCUGAAGUUUGGGUUCAGCUCCAGAGAGUACGUUUUACUUCAUGAAAAGACCGACACAUCUGAAUUAGCUGAUCAGGAGUCUGGAUCGGGUUCGGAUACUUGAAUCAGGACAUCAUAUCAUAAUCAUAACACAUUUCAUACAAAAAAAAAAGGUCUCAAAAUACUGCUAUUCAACUUUAUAGUACUUUAUUCAUUUUUAGAUUUAUAUUUUUCUGUCUUAAGUUACCAUGAUCAGGGCAUAUAUGGUGUUCAUAUGCAUGUACAAAUGUACUAGAUUUACUUAUUUUAAUUCACUCGUAAACUGUUUUGGCUUAACAAAAUGAACAUAUGCGGCAAUAUAGCCACACUAUAUCUGUCAGAAACAAAUUAUUUGCUUCACAAAACUUUUUUAUUCCUAUAUCUGCUUGUACAUAUAUAUUUAGUAUCAGUUCAACAAAACGUGCAUAUAACAAGCAUUAGCAAAUGAAUAAUUUUUAAUAGGUCAGAGGUCAGCAUGGUCAAUUUUGAUACUGUGACAUGAUUUAGAUUGUGUACCAGAUAUGAAUAAUAUAUCCUGUACAUGUACCAGAUAUUAAUGAUACAGGUAUCUAUUUGUGAGUUGAAAAUGAACUUUAAUAUUAAUGUUUUGGUAAAUGUACAUGUAUAUUUAAAUUUGUAGCAACAUCACUGAUGGGAUUCGGGAAACUUAAUAGAAAGCUCACUUAUCGCUCACUUAUAGUGGAAUGACCACUAACAAAUCUAAAUACCUUAUAAGGUUGGUAACAGAGUGAAUUAGAAUCGAAGUAUCUUAAUGUCUUGUGUCAGUAUGUUGACAAGAACUUUAGACAUAUUUGUUUUUAAAAAAAUAUAUCUAUAUAUGUUGUCAGUUGAACUUCAAUAACGAAGAUUAGGAAUAUCAUGCCAUGUCAGGGCUGGAGACCGCUUCACACAGCAAAUAUCAAAAUCAUCUGUGACAAUAUGAUUAUACCAUUAGUCCUAGAUCUGAUAUUAACAAAAACUUUUUAUCACUAAAUUGAAAUAAUACUUGUGGAUAACUAUCAUUGAUAUAAGAUGCAAGUUGUGCAGAAUACCUUUUGUUUGAUUUAAUUUGUGCAGAUUUUGUUAGAUUUACAGCAGUAUUAACUGCCUUAAAGCUUGCUGUAAUUAUCCUGUAAAAAGUGCAGGGGACAACACACAAACUGCAAGCAAUUGUUGGGGAAGCAUUAUCUUUAUAAAAUUACAUGGGUACCUGAAUUUUUUGCAUCUUUAAAUUGUUUCUUAUCUGGUUGUCCAAAACACCUUCACACAUUUCCAACAUUUAGGGUCAAAAAAGCUUACCGGUAAAGUCCAGAGGAUUUUACUGUCAUCACUCGACCAGUACUGACUUUAUCUCUUCAAAUUGUCAUGAAACUUCUAACAAUCCUAUAUGAUGUAGGUGAACGUAUCUUUUUAAAAGGGUCCUCUUCUGAAGUGUUCAGUAAAGGUUUUUAGAGCAAGUCUGAUGUUCUACAUGUAACAGUCCUGUCAAGCACUGUAUUCUAAACUGUUUUUCUCGUGUCGCUACAUUUAUGACAUUGAACCAUAGAAGACAUUCAUUUCUCACUAGAUCUUACAUCAACACAUCAUUCUCAAUCUUAGCGAUUUCAAAAGUUGAUUUUCCUUGAAAGCUAAAAUCUAAUUUUGAGAAAUCAUAUUUUACCCUCAAAGGGGAAGCCCCAAUUUGUAUAUAAACAAUGAAUGCAGGGAAUCAAUCACCAUAUAAUGACUGAAGUAUAAAAGUGUUAAAGACAAUAAACAAUUCCAUAUUUUAUAGCUGCUUUAUUUGACCUGUUACAUUUUGUACAUUUGAAUACAUAUAUAAUGCCCUCCUCUACAACACCAUUAAAUUCAUAAUAACACUUGACUGUGAUAUAUGGGGAUAAUUUGUACUUAACUUGUCAUGCUAUUAAAUUUUAAUGCAUUAUUGAUGUUGAACAGAUUAGCAUACAGUUUGAUUACUGGGUAAAAAGUCUUAGAAUGUUUGAUAGAAAGCAGUACAGAACCAGAAAUCAUGAUCAGAAUAAAUAUGAUUCAGGCAAAUUAUUUUUGAACUAAAAAUGUUACAAUAACAGUAACCCUGAGUAGUUUAAGGCUGUACACGCAUAUGAAUAAUGUUAAUGAAAGGUUGUACUGAGAUUAACACCAAUAAUAUACUACUGGUGAUGAUGGCCUUGCGGUAAGUAAAUUGUUAUUAUUUUGUAAAGAGAUAAAAUAAAUUUUAUGUAAAAACAA